CACGGAAGCGAGAUGAGCUCCUCCACUCAGUCCAUGCUCCUGGGCUACUGGGACAUCCGAGGGCUGGCGCACGCCAUCCGCAUGCUCCUGGAGUUCACCAACACCGCGUACGAGGAGAAGCGCUACACCUGCGGGGAAGCUCCCGACUAUGAUCGAAGCCAGUGGCUGGAUGUGAAAUUCAAGUUAGACCUGGACUUUCCUAACUUGCCCUACCUGGUGGACGGGAAGAACAAGAUCACUCAGAGCAAUGCCAUCUUGCGCUACAUCGCUCACAAGCACAAUAUGUGUGGCAACACAGAAGAAGAGAAGAUUCGAGUGGACAUCAUGGAGAACCAGAUAAUGGAUUUCCGCAUGCAGCUUGACCGGAUCAGCUACAGCCCUGACCAUGCUUUGGAGAAAAUAGCUGAGUACAUGCAGUCUGACCACUUCUUCAAGCUGCCCAUCAACAACAAGAUGGCCCUGUGGGGAAGCAAGAGGUGCUGAGCAGGGGCCCAGCUCGGCUACCACCCUGCCGGUGGG